AUGAAUUGCAAAGGUGAAGAAAAUGAUGAAGGCAAAGGUGAAGAAAAUAAUGAAGGCGAAGGUGAAGAAAAUGAUGAAGGUGAAGGUGAAGAAAACAAUGAAUAUGAAGGCAAAGAUGAAGAUAUAUUUUCAAGAGGUGAGUUGGAUUCUGACGAUAAGCUAGGCGCUAAAAAUAUAGCAGAUCAUAAAGUGUUGGAUAUAGACACAAUAGAUAUCGAUGCGAUGAAGUAA